AUGCAGAGAAGAAUGGACAAGGGAAAUUGCUCCAUGCAGACUGAAUUUAUUUUCAUGGGAAUUACGAACAACCCUAAGAUGAGGGCGCCCCUAUUUGCCAUUUUUCUGCUAGUUUAUCUCAUCAACCUGCUUGGAAACCUCGGGAUGAUCAUUUUGAUCCGAGUGGACUCCCAGCUACACACACCCAUGUACUUUUUCCUCAGCCACCUUUCUUUCUGUGACCUCUGCUACUCCACGGCUAUUGGGCCCAAGAUGCUGGUGGACAUAUUUGGCAAGAACAAAUCAAUUCCUUUCUUUGGCUGUGCUCUGCAAUUCUUCAUCUCCUGUACCUUUGCGGAUUCGGAGUGUGUACUGCUGGCGGUGAUGGCUUUCGACCGGUACAAGGCCAUCAGCAACCCUCUGCUCUACACGGUGAACAUGUCCAGUAGGGUGUGCACUCUGCUCGUGGCUGGAGUUUACCUGGUGGGGAUGGCAGAUGCCCUGAUCCACACUACACUGGCAUUCCGCUUAUGUUUCUGUGGGUCCAAUGAGAUCAAUCAUUUCUUCUGUGAUUUGCCUCCACUUUACCUCCUCUCUUGUUCUGACAUUGAAGUCAAUGUGCUAAUAUUAUUCACCAUUUAUGGUUUCCUUGAACUGAGUACCAUUUCAGGAGUUCUUAUCUCCUAUUUUUACAUCAUCUUGUCAGUCUUGAAGAUCCGCUCUGCUGAGGGCAGGUUCAAAGCUUUCUCUACCUGCACCUCCCAUUUGACCGCAGUGGCGAUUUUCCAAGGAACUCUACUCUUCACAUAUUUUCGACCGAGUUCUUCCUACUCUCUAGAUCAAGACAAAAUGACCUCUCUAUUUUAUACUCUUGUGAUACCUAUGUUGAACCCUCUGAUUUAUAGCCUUCGGAACAAGGAUGUGAAACAGGCCCUAGAAAAAAUUAAAAAUAGAAGAUGGUUUUAA